AUGAGCUCUGUGCUGUAUUAUGCCCUGCCCGCCCUGGGUAGCUAUGUCAUGCUCUCCAUCUUCUUCCUGCGCCGGCCUCGCCUGCUGCACACACCCUGGGCGCCAGCCUUCCUGCCGCGCCUGGGGGCCCACCGAGCAGGAUCGGGAGAGCGGCUGGAGCACACCUUGGAGGCCAUGGAGAACUCCAUGGCCCAGCGUUCCGACUUCCUGGAGCUCGACUGCCAGCUGACCCGGGAUGGUGUGGUCGUGGUGUCACACGAUGAGAACCUGUCUCGCCAAUCAGGCGUGAAUAGGGACGUGAGCAGCCUGAACUUUGAGGAGCUGCCCCUCUACAAGGAGGAGCUGGAGGUUUACUUCUCACCAGGCCACUUUGCACACGGAACAGACCGGCACAUGAUGAGUCUAGAGGAUGUGUUCCAGAGGUUCCCUCGGUUGCCCAUGAGUGUCGAGAUCAAAUCGGUAAAUGAAGAGCUCAUUAACAAGGUAGCGGGCCUGGUGAGGCACUUUGACCGCAAUGAAAUCACCAUCUGGGCCUCAGAGAAGAGCUCGGUCAUGAGGAAGUGCAGGGCUGCCAACCCUGAGAUGCCGUUUGCCUUCACGAUAAGCCGAGGAUUGUGGUUGGUGCUGGUGUAUUAUCUGGGGUUACUGCCCUUCGUCCACAUCCCGGAGAGGUUUUUCAUCUGCUUCCUGCCCACCAUCAUCAAUAGGACCUACUUCCCAUUUUCCCGCCGUGGGCUGAACAAACUGGCAGCUGUGGUUUCCAAAUGGUUAAUCAUGAGGAAGAGUCUGAUCCAGCAUCUGGAACAGCGAGGAGUGCAGGUGAUCUUUUGGUGCCUUAAUGAAGAGUCCGAUUUUGAAGCAGCCUAUGGCCUGGGGGCCACCGGCGUCAUCACCGAUUACCCCACAGCCCUGAGGCGCUACCUGGACAACCACAGAGGAGCUGCCCAGACCUCGGAGGCCCUCACCCUCUCCUCUGUGUCUCUUCCCCAAUAAAUGUCGUCUUCAGA